AUGAAGAGCCAGGGGUUGGAAGCAGAUCUGAAGCUUGUCCCCAAGAUGAUUACAGUGGGCGCCUUGAUCACUUCCUGUGAGAAGGGCCUCCAGUGGUCCCAGGCGCUGCAGCUGUCAGCGACGAACGCAAGGAACGUGGUGCAGCUCAGCGCUGCGGUGAGCGCAUGCGAAAAGGCCAACGAGUGGCAAUUCGCUUUGGCCAUUUUUUUCGAAGAGACCGUCCGGAGAUAUUUGCAGCCUGAUAUCAUGAUGUGCAACGCUGCGAUCAGCGCUUGCCGUGGCCAUCAGUGGCAGCGUGCCAUUUGGUUAUUGACCUCCAUCGUCCAGUCGUUGCGCUUGAAGCGAACGCUGGUCACUUGCAAUUCCUGCAUGAAUGCCUGUAGCGAAGCUUCGCAAUGGCUGUCAGCCUUUCAGCUCUUUGCAGAUCUGGAAAUUCUGCAGUUGCGACCGGAUGUGAUCACCUACAACUCACUGAUGAGCAGCUGUGAACGUGCCGGCCUUUGGCAGACAGCCUUGGAACUGAUGUUGGAAAUUCCACAGCAGCGGCUGACUUUCAGCUCCGUGACCCUUGGAGCUGCCAUCAGCGCCUGUGAAGAAGGCGCUCAAUGGCCAUUGGCACUGCAUUUCUUGACAUAUUUCCCAAACCAAUCCCUUCAGAGCACUGUGACUGCCCUUAGCUCAGCGAUCAGCGCCUGUGAGAAGGGAACUCGCUGGGCCUGGGCACUUCAGUUGCUGCACGACGCGGAUCACUUCCACGUGCGGCCCAACGUAGUGACUUACGGCGCCGCCUUAAGCGCCGUGCCAUGGGACUGGGCUCUGCGGCUGAUGCAGGAGAUGUGGGAUGAGCAGCUGCAGGCAGAUGUCAUCGCAUACAACGCAUGUAUUUCCGCAUGCCAGGGGGCAGAGAACUGGCAGACCUCACUUGAGCUGCUCCUACAGAUGCGUAGGUCUUUGGUUGAUGGGACAAUCAUUUCCUACAAUGCUUGCAUCGCUGCAUGUCAGAUGGGCCUUCAAUGGCAAUGGGCUUUAUGCCUCUAUGAGGAGCUUCGCAAGAAUUCACUGCAAGCAGAUGCAGUGACGUGCCAACAGACACUGACAGCGCUGGAGGCAUCAGCCUCCCAGCGCCACAGCGCACGGCUACUUUGUCAGAUGCAGCACUUGGGACUGGGGGCCACCUGCCCGCUGUAGGGCACGUUUUUUUGCGUCAAAAGAAGGGUGAAGCUGAGCCAAAAA